AUGACAAUGAGACUGACGCUUCUUUCCGCGGUGCUCGCCAUAUUGGCCGUCCAAGUUACUGGACUUGUUGCCCGUCCUCGGACCCUCGGUGGCUUCAGCAUUGUCGAACAUCCGGAUCCAGAAAAACGGGCUCUCUUGCAAAACAUCGUGACUUGGGAUGAGCGGUCGCUGUUCAUCCAUGGCGAGCGGAUCAUGAUCUUCAGUGGUGAAGUGCAUCCAUUUAGAUUGCCUGUGCCCUCACUAUGGCUUGAUGUCUUCCAGAAAAUCAAAGCACUCGGCUUUAACUGUGUGUCAUUCUAUGUCGAUUGGGCUCUGCUGGAAGGGACUCCUGGAAACUACAGUGCCGAGGGGGUGUUUGCGCUCGAACCUUUCUUUGAAGCCGCUAGCUCGGCGGGCAUAUAUCUCCUUGCCCGACCGGGACCUUACAUCAAUGCCGAAGUCUCAGGAGGAGGCUUUCCAGGCUGGCUUCAAAGACUGCGAGGGACUCUAAGGACAACAGAUGCCGAUUUUUUGGCGGCUACCGAGAACUAUGUCCGCCACGUCGCAUCAACAAUCGCCAAAGCACAGAUCACCAAUGGCGGGCCCGUCAUACUGUAUCAGCCGGAGAACGAGUACUCGGGAUUCUGCUGUGGUUACACCAAGCCGGACGGCCAGUACAUGCAGGAUGUCAUGGACCAGGCUAGACAGGCUGGGAUUGUUGUUCCCAUGCUGAGCAAUGAUGCUGGCGUCAAUGGUUACAAUGCUCCUGGCACGGGUGUUGGAGCGGUAGACAUCUAUGGCCAUGAUGGUUACCCACUGGGCUUCGACUGUGCGAAUCCGACUGUUUGGCCCCGAGGAAAAUUGCCCACCGACUGGUGGCAGAAGCACCUCAACCAGAGUCCUACGACGCCUUAUAGCGUCACGGAGUUCCAAGCUGGCUCUUUUGAUCCCUGGGGAGGGCCAGGCUUCGAGAAAUGCGGCGUCCUGGUCAACAGCGAGUUCGAGAGGGUCUUUUACAAGAAUGAUUUGAGCUUUGGGGUGAAAAUAUUGAAUCUAUACAUGACUUUCGGAGGCACUAACUGGGGAAAUCUGGGACAUCCCGGGGGAUACACUUCAUAUGACUAUGCUGCUCCGAUUGACGAAAAUCGUCAAGUCGAACGUGAGAAGUACAGUCAGCUGAAGUUGAUUGCAAAUUUUGUCAAGACAUCGCCCUCCUACUUCGAUGCGGAGCAGUUGCCCAACUCCACCACAAUGUAUACGACCACUGCGGAUUUGACAGUGACGCCUGUGAAAAGCAACAGCAGUCUUUCGACCUUCUGGGCGGUCAGGCACACUGACUAUGCAAGUCAAGAGUCGACGUCUUACAAGCUGACCAUACCAACCAGUGCUGGAAAUCUGACCAUUCCCCAGCUCGGGGGCGGCGUACUGACUCUCAACGGCCGUGACUCGAAAAUCCACGUUUCAGACUACGACAUCCGCGGCACGACGCUCUUGUACAGUACUGCAGAGAUACUGACGUGGAAGGUCUUUGGGUCAAGGAAAGUCGUGAUUCUGUACGGUGCGGAAGGAGAGCAUCAUGAGGUUUCGGUCUUGUCCACGGCGGCGGCGUCCCUCGUAGAGGGUUCAGAUGCCGGUGUAACCUUCGGCACAGGCACAGGCACAGGCUCGUCAGCUACGAUUGCAUGGCAUACUUCUCCUUCACGGCGCGUCGUCAAAGUGGGAGACUUGGAAAUCUAUAUCCUUGAUAGAAACUCGGCUUACAACUACUGGAUCCCCGAAUUGUCAACAAACGGCACCUCCGCAUCGUUUGGCUCACAGGAAGCCACUGCAUCGUCAAUCAUCGUGAAGGCGGGCUACCUUGUCAGAUCAGCUUCCCUGGUAGACGACCAGCUUCAGAUCACAGCCGAUUUCAAUGCAACGACCGCAAUUGAGAUCAUUGGCGUCCCUUCCGCGGCAAAGACACUCUGCGUGAAUGGACAGAGUGUGCAGUAUAGCGCAGACGCUCGCUCCGGCGACUGGUCAAACAUUACAGUUUCGUGGACAGAUCCUGGCAUAACAUUACCCGCAUUAAACAGCCUCGACUGGAAGUACAUCGACAGUCUCCCAGAAGUCAACGACCCGGAUUAUGAUGAUUCAAAAUGGGUUGUUGCCGACCAUGCCACGACGAACAACACCGUGCGGAACUUGACGACUCCCACAUCGCUAUAUGCUUCCGACUACGGGUUCCACACCGGCUCACUCAUAUAUCGCGGGCACUUCAGGGCUGCUGACACCAACAACGAAUCGAAUGUGAGCCUGUAUCUGAACACUCAAGGUGGCUCUGCCUUUGGCCACUCUGUCUGGCUGAACCAGACAUAUCUCGGGUCGUGGGCCGGAGUCAGCACCGAAAACAACACGAAUGCCACAUAUAAUCUACCUCAACUCGAUGCUGGCAAGGACUAUGUCGUGACGGUGCUCAUUGACCAUAUGGGCUUGGAAGAGAGCGGUACAGUGGGCGCCGACAAGAUGAAGACACCGCGUGGAAUCCUGAACUAUGCUUUGCUGUCUGGAAGCGAUACUUUGGCUUCGUCAGACAUCACCUGGAAACUCACCGGCAAUCUAGGCGGCGAACACUAUCAAGACCGUGUCCGAGGCCCGCUCAACGAAGGUGGUCUGUACGCCGAACGCCAGGGUUUCCACCUCCCUUAUCCGCCGAGCACGACUUGGGAAUCCGCCAGUCCCUUUCAGGGGCUUUCUGGACCUGGUGUCGCCUUCUACACGGCCCAGUUCGACUUGGACAUACCUCAAGGUUGGGAUGUUCCCAUGUCGUUCAAUUUUGGCAAUACUACUAGUAGCACCACUGGCGGUUCGCCGGCAAAGUUCCGCGUGCAGCUGUUUGUUAAUGGCUUUCAGUAUGGCAAGUAUAUCAACCACAUUGGCCCGCAGACGAGCUUUCCUGUCCCAGAAGGGAUUCUGAACUAUCAUGGGACAAAUUGGUUGGCUUUGACACUGUGGGCUCAUGAGCCUAGUGGAGCUAAGCUCGACAGCUUUGAGCUUGUGCAUGGGACUCCUGUCUUGACUGCUUUGAGGGAUAUUGCUUUUGUUGGACAGGAGGGAUGGACACAACGGCAGGACGCGUACUAA